ACGAAAGGAAGGGGCUGAGCUAAGCAGGAGGUUGGCGGCACCAUUUUUAGGGUAUUCCUCUCUCUCAUAAAUAUUAACGGCACUGCCCUGCUGCGCUGCACCCAACUCAAAGAGGCGUUGCGUCUUUCUCUCUCACUUCACAGCUUCAGUGGAGCUUCGAGUGAAGGGCAUGGCGCCAUGUGCUCGCUCUUCUCAUAAUGCUCCAAACAUCUAACGCUUCGUUGCUGUGAAAAUGGAUGACCAAAUCUGGCUUCCACCAUUAUGGCCAUCUGCGACAGGAGAACGGAACAUGGCAACUGCAAGGCUUCCCACAGUUUCCAUCUUUGGAAGUGCGCCUCGAUGCCAAACCACAAGCGCCUUUGUCAAGAUACCGUCCUCUCUGGGUUCCGUAAAGAGCACCUCUAGAAUCUUUGGCUUGAAGGCAAAGCCAGAUUUCAAGGCAACUGCCAUGGCUGUGUACAAGGUGAAAUUGGUUGGGCCGGAUGGUGCUGAGUGCGAGUUUGAGGCACCCGACGACUGCUACAUCCUCGACUCUGCUGAGUCAGCUGGAGUUGAACUCCCAUACUCAUGCAGGGCUGGAGCAUGCUCCACCUGUGCUGGGAAAAUGGUGUCGGGGGCUGUCGACCAGUCCGAUGGCUCGUUCCUAGACGACAAACAGAUGCAGGAGGGCUACCUGCUGACCUGCGUUUCCUACCCGACUUCAGACUGUGUGAUUCACACACACAAGGAGAGUGAUCUGUACUGAUUACCAUGAUCUCUCUCUCUCUCUUUUUUUAUCAGACAAAAAAACGAGAAACUAUGUUUUCUGGCUGUAGGUUUGAAUAUCAAGUCGUGCUUUCUUCAGUCAGCAAACUCUUGUAAUCUUGUUUUUGUGCUUAUGUCAUAUGUUUAUGUUGGAAAUAGAGGAGGGUGUGUUCUCUGUGCUUUUAUUAA